UGUACGUCUCUUUGUGUUCACGUAACUUGGUAGACAGUACCAGCUAGCCAACAUUAGCGUAAGUUAUGCUAGCUAGCUAGCUAUUGUUAGUGAGUGUUCAGUGGUCACGCAGACACUACAUGUUUUGCUAGCCCAGCUGUUCUACAAUUGUGAGUAUCAGAGGUUUCGUGCAGCUCUUAGUCAUGGCGAGUCAGUCUAUGGAAAUCAUGGCCAAGGCACUGGAGCAACAGGUCCUGCAGUCAGCCAGGAUGGUUGAGGAGAAGCUAGAUGCCGAGCUGGGAAAGUUGGAGCGCAUGGAUGACGACGAGAUGGAAAAGCUGAAGGAGAGGAGGUUAGAGGCCCUCAAGAAAUCCCAGAAACAGAAGCAGGAAUGGUUGUCUAAAGGUCACGGGGAGUACAAGGAGAUUGCCAGUGAGAAAGACUUCUUCCCGGAGGUGAAAGAGAGCAAUCGCGUCGUCUGCCAUUUCUACAGAGACUCCACCUUCAGAUGCAAAAUUCUGGACAAGCACCUAAGCAUCCUGGCCAAGAAGCACCUGGAGACCAAGUUCAUCAAACUGAAUGUGGACAAGGCGCCGUUCCUGACCGAGAGACUGCGGAUUAAGGUGAUUCCCACUCUGGCAUUGGUGAAGGAUGGGAAGACCAAGGACUACGUGGUGGGAUUCACUGACAUGGGAAACACAGAUGAGUUUCCAACAGAGGUUCUUGAGUGGAGACUGGGAUGCUCCGACAUCAUCAAUUACAGCGGUAACCUUAUGGAGCCUCCCACCCUGACACAGAAACCUGGGUCAAAGUUCACCAAGGUGGAGAAGAAGACCAUCAGAGGAAGAGGGUACGAUUCAGACUCUGGUUCUGAAGAUGACUAGAAGACCCGCCAACCUUGGUCACACUCUCAGGGCUACUUCCCACUACCCGGCAGAACCAUGGACCAUUUCCCACGUGUACUUUAUUUCCUGUCCUUCCUCGUUUUUAGAAUUUCUGUGAUGCUCUGUGUAUUACUUAAAUUCUGUUAGGGAUUAAAUAGUUGCUUUUUGUAGUGAGUGGAUGGAUGUUUGUGUAACAUUUUAGUUUAAUAUAUUCACAAGUGCUUUUUCAUUCAACAUUUAUUUCCUACUUGAAAAUAAGAGGAUUCCUGACUGAGCCACUGAACUUACGUUUAAUUGGAGUGGCUCUGCUAAGGAUGCUUGUUCUGUGCAGGAAUGUUUCAAUUCAUUACAUUUAGGGCUGGUUUCACAGAUUCAGCCUAGUCUAGGACUAAAAAACAAGAUCAAUGGAGUUUUCUAUUGAACUUAAUUUUUUAGUCCUAGUCUAGGCUUUCUCAGUGUCUGUGGAACCGGCCCGUAGACUGGAGAACCCCAGACUGCUGCUCUCAAUUAUAAUGACCCACUUUGAAAUUCAUAUGGACUCAUUUCACCGUUUGGAAGAGCCACAUUAUCGCCAGCUAAAUUAAAGGGAUUAACUAAUUUUUACAUGUGAUUUAAUUCUCAGUCUGUUUCCCUAAAGUUUUAAUGUUUUUCAUUCGAGGCAUUAGGUUGUCACAUUUUCCUGGGUCAUCCCAAUGAAAAUGACAUUCUCCUAAUGUCUUGGACCAGUAUUUCUAUAGAGAGUGUCACUGUUUCAUAAAUCCAUAUUUGCACCUACCAUCAGACUGAAAAUAAGGUAAAACAUUUUAAACUUCCCCUUUAACAUUGAUCCGUGUUGUUGAUCUGAGUAGAACGAGCCUUGAACUACUGCUGUUGCGAGCAACAAUGAAGUGCCAAGGACAUUCCACUACUGCUGCCCUCCCAGUCCUGUCAGUGUGUGAAAGUAGCACAGGGGUGAAUUCAUUCUGUUGCAAAACAUAAAAACUGAAGGAAAUGUAGUGUGACUUAGUUGAAUUUGUCCCAAUGGAAACAUUUGUCAAUCAUUCCAUUUGCAACAGAAUAGGUCGAAUGAAUAAACCCCUGGGGUGUAUUUAUUCGGCAAAACUAAAACAUUUUAGUUAAGAAAUGUGAUGGCAAAAGUAUUUUCUAAUGGACAAAUGUAGGUAUUCUGUUUUCUUUGUGUUCAAUUCUGCUUGGGGAAAUGUUUUUGUUUGGCAUAAUGAACACACCCCUGGUUUUGGAGUUCUAUUGAAAUUUGGUUGAUCUUAAUAAAUGCUUAUCAGCA